AUGGCAGGGCUGAAAAUUGGUACUGAUACAGAAGAUAUGUUCUACGAAAAUCUAUCCUUAGGGCUGGCAAAAGUGUUGAACAACAUUCCACGCAUAACGAAUGUGACGUUGGAGAAACGUUUACCAUGCGAAAAGGCGCAAGUUACUGCAUGGGAAUCCAGACAUAAUGUGUAUUUGCCAGAAGACAUGAAACGGUUCUACCUUUCGACCGAUGGAUUCAAUUUUUACUGGAGCUAUCAAUAUUCACCAAAUGACACUCGCCGCGUGGGACACAUACAUUUUCCGCAUCUUAUACAGAUCACCCUCGUACGAGACAAUAUCGACACUAUACUCAGCGUCAGCCCUAACACAACCCUUACGGCGCCUCCGAUCAUACGCCAGUCGAACUAUGUUGAUCUUAGCUCAGGUCACUUGGACCAUCUGAAUCUUAACUCAAGGAGCAAAAUUUUCGAGCUAAGCACCAUAGCAAAUCUAGCGAAAGUGUGUCUCGUCUAUGAGACACCGGAAACAUCAACACCGCACAUUUUUCUUCUCGAAACCAACUCGCUACGAUGGCAGUUCCUAGCUGAAUCGUUUACCGAGUACCUUCGCAUGAGCAUCGCCCAUCUCGGCUUGCCGUAUUGGGAAUUGUGCUUUUCAAGCUGUGGUCUGCCUGCCUGGACUGAGCAGCUGUUUUUGCUCUUGGCACCUCAUUUGCUGGAGAAAAACGAUUGCCGGAGAUUAAAAAACAUAGUUUGUGUUAAUGAAAAUCCACCGUUCAACGUACUGGAUCCGGCCGUAUUCCGGACGAAACUUCGCUGCUCGCGGCAGACACAGAAAAUGCGAUUGAACAACAACUAA